GCCAGUCAGUCUAUAAUUGAUCGUAUUAGCAAACGGUUUACAUCUCAAAAUGGAUUUUAAAACUGCUUGUUUGAUUUGCCUAGCGGCUUUUCUGUUUCUGAGUCUUCAAAGCUGCAGUGGCCGGGAAUAUCAGUUUAUACCUGCCCGCUGUGUGGAACAACCUGGAGUGGAUCGUCAAAUAGGCGGGCCUCUGAGUUUGUGCACCUUCCCACCUUCCUACCAAUCGCCAAGUAAUGAGGAUAUUCAGGCCGUAAUUAAGCAUAUAAAAAGCUUAAAACUGGAUUGAGGAACGUCAGAAAUAUUGGAGAACUUUACACUUUAUAUAUGCAUCGAAGCAGCAAUCAAUAAAAUUAACUAUUA